AGAGAGAUAAUGGAGAACAACUUCCCAGUGAUCAGCCUGGACAAGCUCAAUGGAAAUGAGAGAGAAGCAACAAUGGAGAGAAUCAAAGAUGCCUGUGAGAACUGGGGAUUCUUCGAGGUGGUGAAUCACGGGAUACCCAACGAGUUAAUGGACACAGUGGAGAAACUCACUAAAGAUCAGUACAAGCAAUGCAUGGAGCGAAGGUUCAAUGAGGUGAUGGCGAGCAAAACCCUAGACGACAACGACGAGAUCAAAGACAUGGACUGGGAAAGCACCUUCCUCUUGCGUCAUCUUCCAGAGUCCAACAUCUCUGAGGUGCCCGAUCUCUGUGAGGAGUACAGGAAAGUGAUGAAGGAGUUUGCCUUGAAGCUAGAGGAACUAGCAGAGAAGCUUCUGGAUCUGUUAUGCGAGAAUCUUGGGUUGGAGAAAGGCUACUUGAAGAAGGUUUUCAAUGGCUCAUCAAGAUCAUCAGGACCAAAUUUUGGGACGAAGGUGGCCCACUAUCCGCCAUGUCCAGAGCCAGAGAAGGUGAAGGGGCUUCGUGAGCACACAGACGCAGGUGGGAUCAUCCUUCUCUUCCAAGACGAUAAGGUCAGUGGCCUACAGUUUCUUAAAGAUGGUCACUGGCUUGGUGUGCCUCCAUUGCCCCACGCUUUAGUUAUCAACAUCGGUGACCAGCUUGAGGUAAUAACGAAUGGGAAGUACAAGAGUGUGGAACACCGAGUGAUUGCACAAAGGAAUGGGACCAGAAUGUCCAUAGCUUCAUUCUACAAUCCAGCAGGUGACGCUGUGAUCUACCCAGCUCCACAGCUAGUAGCUGCAGAUGAGCAACAUGAGAACCAGAACAACAGCAACAACCAGAUUUACCCUCAAUUUGUGUUUCAAGACUACAUGCAGCUUUACACCAAGCUCAAGUUUCAAGCUAAGGAACCCCGUUUUGAAGCUUUCAAAGCAUCGCCUCUCAAUCUGGCUCCACCCGUUAUUCCAACUGCCUGAUAUAUAUAUAUAUUAUAUAAUCCCAUGAUUGUCAAUAAGAACAAUAAGCUUUUAAUUAGGAUGAGAAGUAAGAUGGGCCUGUUUCAGAAAUGGGCGUGAAUAAUUUGGCGUGGAAGUGAGAGUGAUGAUGAGGUGAUGUGUGUGGUAUUAUUGUAUGAAGAAGUAGCCAAUUAAUUGAUGAGAAUGAAUGUGAGUGAGAUCAUAGUAAUGAUCGUGUGUUUGCUUAAUUGAAUGAUGAAUUUGAUAGCA